AUGGAUUCUCUAAGUUUCCUUCUCAACCUUAAGAAUCUUGGCGAUGCGAUUAUGAUUGCCAAGUAAAGUUAAUUGCUAAAGUAGAAGAUUAAUAACAAUUAAAUACAAGUGCCUAGUAUACUUAAGCCAAAUGUUAAAAUGGAUUCUCUGAACAAUGAAGGAUUAUAUUCUUCCACUUCUUCUUAAGUAUCUAACUCUUCUACCAAUUAUAUAGUGGAUCCAAAUCCUUACAAAUCAACCUUUGCAUAAGAACUACCUAUUGAUAACCUAAUUUACAAUCUUGAGAAAGCAGCAGAAGAGUAAAAGAGAAACCAGAAAAAAAUACUUGAAGAAAUAUCAAACUAACACGAUUUCCUCAUAUAAACAAUUGACGAAUUUAUACAAGACAAAGAAGAGCUUAAAAGCAAAGUCGACGAGCUUGAGAAACUCGUGAAUGACAAGCUCAAAUCAAGAUAAGAGUCUCCUAAGGAGCAAAAGAAAAAAAAUAGAAGAUGCGCACAAGAAAUUAACAAAGAAUUCAGAUGCCCAUAUGAAAACUGCUCAAAAAGCUACGGUUCUGAUAUUUCAAUGAAUCUCCACAUUAAGUUAAAGCACAAUGGUGGAAGUAAAACUGAAAGAGAACAGCUAGCCAAAAAAGUAUGGGAAGCAAAGAUGAGUAAUCAAGUACUCCCAGAUCUAGACAUAGCAUUUCCUCCUGGUUUCCUUGCCAGCUUCGAAGAACAAAUGAUUAAAGAAUAGCAAUUUAAAUCAAGAAAAUUUAGUGAAAUUUCCUACACAUCUACUGCAGAGUAAUCUCUAUGA